CUCGAAGAAGUUUUUCCUGGCUGUGGGUGGUGACAAGUGUAACAGACAUAAUUUACUCAGCAUGAAAUAGUGAGACAGAGCAGGCGGAGUGUAGUCUGUACACAGGAACUGGGCGUGACCAGCAAACGCAAACACCCUCAGCCUCCGAGCCGAUCGGCAGUGGGCUCCUUCCUGGAGACAAGUGCCGUCUCCUUCCAGCGUACCGGAAUCUACAAGAGGGGAAAAGAAAUUCCUCACAUCUGGAAAAGGAAGACUGAUCUUCGGAAUAAAAUCUCACGUAUGGUGGAAUAUCCGGGUUGUCUGAAGGGGACGGUUCCUAGGCAACAGGAGGACGCAGACACAGCGCAACAGUCUGCUCUGAGGAUGGAGAUCUCUGCGUUCGACAAGCUACUGCUCUCCAGAGUGCUGCCGCCUGUGCUGCUGCUGGAAUGCGUGCUGGGCAUGCUGGGUAACGGCGGGGCCCUCUGGAUCUUCUGCUUCUACGUGAAGCCCUGGAAGAGCAGCACGGUCUUCCUGUUCAACCUGGCUCUGGCCGACUUCCUGCUCAUCGUGAUCCUGCCGUUCCGCGCCGCCUACUACCUGCGCGAGCUGGACUGGGCCCACGGCGACGGCUUCUGCCGCAUCUCCCUCUUCAUGCUGGCCAUGAACCGCGGCGGCAGCGUCUUCUUCCUCACCGCCGUGGCCGUGGACCGAUACUUGCGGGUGGUGCACCCCCACCACCCCGCCAACUCCGCGCCCGUCUCCAGGAGCGUCUGCGUGGCCGCCGCCGUCUGGCUCCUCACCAUCUCGCUGGCGGCCCGCCUGCUGGCGGAGCCGGGCCAGGCCCAGAACUCCACGCGCUGCGAGUCCUUCGCCGCCGCCGGCAGCGGCUGGUACCACUCGGUGUACCUGCUGGAGUUCGCCCUGCCGCUGGCCGUCCUCCUCUUCUGCUCCGCCCGCGUGAUCGCCGAGCUCCGCCAGAGGGGCCUGGGCAAGAACGCCAGGAUCAGGAGGGCCCUGUGGUGCCUGGCUGCCGUCAUGGCAACGUUCGUGGUCUGCUUCAUCCCCAGCAACGUCACGCUGCUGCUGAUCUGGGUGCAGACGCUGCGCGGGGUGGAGGACCGCGACAGGCUCGGCUCUCUGGGCACCGUCUUCUACAUCACCGUCAGCCUGACCUACCUCAACAGCGUGCUGGACCCCCUGGUCUACUACUUCUCCAGCCCCGCCUUCAAGGCCCGGCUGAGGAGCGUGGCGAGGGCCCGCCCGUGGAGGAAGGAGCCGGCCGUCACGGACGGCGACGGAACCAGAGACUCCAAGAUCUAACGGCGGCUGAAGGCCACGGACCACGAGAUGAUGUCAUGCAAGUCAGCGAGGCACUCUUUCCCUGCGUGGGGAAAAAAAACCCCCAGCAUCCCCAUCCGGCGUGAGGGCGUGGCGUAGACUGGAAGGGCUUCUUUUUUGUUCUUUAUAAAUAUAAUAAUUACAGAGUUUUCAGAAGCUACACAUUUAGGUAUGUAGUGGCUAGAAAUACAAAGUAUGUGAAAUUACCAUGUAUUUUUUUUUAUAGAUAAGUGUACUUUAACAUUUAACUUUUUAUCUGAUUACACCAUCUGCUCAGUUUCCUCCCUGUACUAAAUAUGAAACGACAAUAACGUCAGCCAGGAAAAGUAAAAAAUGCUGUGUAAAAAUGUCAGUUUUCUUUCAUGCGCAGCUGGCUACCAAAAGCAAUCACAUGAGGUACAGUAUUUAUCACAGUAGCUGUGUCCCAGCAGGAAAUCAAACCUGCAACCUCUUAUUACACAACCGCACCUCCCUAAUCAUUAUGCAGCAGGGUCAAACUGAUAUUUGGAGAGCAGAAAUUAUCACUUUCACACAUCUUUAGUUAUUUUUAUGCUUAAAUUCCUAUGGUAUGAUACUCUGUGACAAAAUGUUGAAAUUGAUUUUGUUUGCAAAUAAAAC